AUGCUUAAUAACAUAGAUGUCAUUGAUGCACAGAUAAACCAGCAAGAAGCUAAUGAGUUCCGAACUCUUCUUGCUCAGCAGAAUGCUGGAAAGACUAAACAUUGGGAUUUUGAAGUGAUUGCUGGACAAUUUAAACAAUCCAAUAAGAGUACUGAUGAUACAACAUUUAAUUAUUUACAAGAAAAUUUCGGGAUUGAAACUUCAUGGAAGGAGAUUGUAGAAGAAUUAACUAGAUUAAAUAAAUCUGGAGGUUCAAAUGUAGUUUACAAGGUCUUUUUUUUGGCUAGACAUGGUCAAGGAUAUCAUAAUUUGGCCCAUGAGAAAUAUGGUAAUGAUGCAUGGAAUGAAUAUUGGAGUAAAUUAACUGGUGAUGGGGAAAUAGUAUGGGGUCCAGACCCAGAACUCACUCAAUUGGGGAUAGAUCAAGCCACACGUAAUAAUCAAGAAUGGAAAGUUCAACUUGAUCAAGGGGCUCCUAAACCAACAAAAUUCUACAGUUCACCACUCUCAAGAUCAAUAGAUACUUUAAUUAAAACUUGGGAAGAUAUUGUACAACUUUCCAAUAUAAAACCCUUAAUUAAGGAAAAUAUUAGAGAAACUACGGGUGUGCAUACUUGUGAUAAGAGAUCAACCAAGAGUAAAUUAUCUGAAAAAUAUAGUCCCUUGGGAUUUUUAUUUGAACCAGGAUUUGAAGAAGAAGAUAUCUAUUACAAGGAUGAUGUUCGUGAAAGUGUUAGUCAUCACGCCCUUCGUGUAAAUGAAUCAUUUCAACAGAUUUUUGAUGAAAAUGAACAUGAAAACCAAGUCAUUGGAAUCACUAGUCAUUCAGGAACUAUUAGAGCUUCAUUAUUGGCUUUGGGUCAUAGGGAAUUUGCUGUAGGUACUGGAGGAAUGAUCCCAGUGUUUGUCAAGGGUGAAAGGAAAUAG